CAUUGGUCGAUGUUGCGGUCAGCGGCAAUAACUGGCGAUAACCUGUUUUUCUCGCGGUCGUGUCUCUCCUCGCUCGAGACUACUCGAGACGUUCGAAGAGUCCGCGAGACAUUGAACGGCGUUACGAGAAGAACGGUAACGUGACAUGUAAUAGGUCUCGCUCCGUCGUCGCCCGAUACAUCAUCUGUCAAAAAUUCCCGUCCCUUGAUGUGUCCGCGCGCGUGGCGACGCAAUCCCGCGAUAAAUCUGUGUGAUGAUCUCUGUGACGGCGAAAGCAGUGUCGGGGAAAUCGAAGCCGCGCUUCCGGGACGUCAGUAAGAUCCUGAUUUAUUGACGAAGGCGCGAGGAAGUGCUCUGAGGAAGAAUGACGGAGAGUUUGAUAAACGAGUGGCUGGCGGAUUGCAAGGACGUCUCGCCGUCCGAGCUGCACACCUUCGCCAGCACGCUUUCGCAGGAUAACGAGAUCGUGCGAGCGCUUUACAUGCUCUUGGAAGAGCGCACUAAAUACACCGAGUUGAUGGACGCAGUGUGUAAUCAAUUAUAUAAUUUUUAUCGAUCUCGAGAAAUAGAAUUGCAAAGGUUUACUCUGCAAUUUCUGCCAACACUGAUAUAUAUUUAUCUAAAUUCUGCUGCACAUGGUGAUAUUAAGAGCUGUCGUUCCCUUGAAACUCUAUUAAUUGGAUUAUAUAAUUUAGAAGUGGUUGAUAAAUCAGGACAACAAAAAGCAAUCUCAUUUAGACUACCAUCUCUUGCUAUGUUAUCUAUAUAUCAUGAGCCUGCAAGUUUAGCUCCAGCCUCACUAACAGAAAGUGCAGUCCGUCGUUUUGAAGAGUGUAAUUCAAAACUUGUGAGUUGGGGUCCAUUGCAACAAGUGGAAACAUUGAAUGCGCAAAACAGAUUAAAAGUCAUGACAGCACUGCUAUUUAUCUAUAAUCAACAACUUGGUUAUAUAAAUAAAUUUGCUUUAGAACAAUUGUGCAAGGUUGCAACAAAACUUGUCACUCAAGGGUUCAUGAAACCAGGACAUCAUCAACGUUCUUCAUAUGGCAGUGAGUCUAGCUUUGUUCCAAGGCUUUUACCACGUAUACCAGUAUCCAGCCAAUUUCUCUUGGAAUUCUUGCAUGCUGUAUAUUUUGCCAUGUAUAACGAAUGCUGGUAUAUAGGAAAUCAGGCUGUAGAAGACAUUCACAAUAGAGCGUGUUACGAAGCAUAUCCAAAUGUAAUGUUGGUUACCAACGCUGUACGAAAUUCUGCCAGUUCUGGAGCACCAGGUCAACCGAGCGAUGGACCAAUUGGAAUUAGUGUUGCAUUGUCCCCAGCAACUACUACACCAACUGUUUCAAAGUCUAUGAUCACAAAUGCUUCCUUUCGUACUAAGAAAUUACCAGACGAUCUGGAUGAGAAGUUAUUUGCGGUCGAAUUGAGCAAUUGUCAAGUCGAGAAGCAACAGCAACCGGCGGUAUCCGGCAGCAGCAAACGUCGUCAAUGGCCUUGGAAACACACACUUCCAAAUUCGGGCGAUAAGAAGGAUACGCAGGGCAUAGGAAAGGCGCAAUCUUCCUCCUCGGAAGGUUCUAGACGUGGGAGUGUAUGCAGCAGCAGCCAAAGCUCACCGAUAAAGUCCUCUCCUAAAAAGAGCAAAGAUCAACAAUCAAAGAAAACGACGACUCCCGACGAUGUCGCCAGUCCGAAAAGUAAAAAAGACAGUAACGUAAAGGGCGAUUCUUCUUUUUCCGACGACAGAUUGCCUAAUGCGCAUCUGUAUAGCGUGUUAGAGGAGCAAGCUCUAGGAGAGAUUAUUCGCGAAUCGGUGGAAAAUGUAUAUACAGAAGGAAGCAACAGUAGACAGAUGAAAUUUUGCGCCACUGCCGCAUUGUCAUCAAACAUAUGGUAUUAUCACUUCAGUUACAACACUAUAGGAUGGCAUGACAUACCAAUACAAGUUAUAAAAGAUGAUACUACCGGAGAGGGUAAAAGUAACCUGGUAUCAAUCUCGGAGGAACAAGAAACAACAGAGCCGAAUCGUAUUGGUUCCAUGAGACAAUCAAAGGAUCAAAAGACUGCUUCAAAGAUUACAAAUUUCCCUGUACUCGGCAAGAAACCCAAAGAAAAGGAGGGAAAAGUAAUGAAAAACGCUCAUGUUGUAUUGUCCGAGAAGGAGAAGAAACUUAGUUCCCAAACAACAUCGAAGGAGAACAUUAAAGGAAGUUUAUCAAUGUUGAAUAGUGAUCAACAAGCGGAAGUCGAUGGAAAUAUUAACGGAUGUGCGAUCCGAAAGAAAAAUAAUAGUGUAGAAAACAAUACGAUCAUAAUAGAUUCAAAUGUUGCGUUGAUUGAAAACGAGAGACUGGCGUUAGGUAGUGAUGUUACUGAAGGUAGUAUGGAAAAUUCUAUUAAUUUAAGAGCGCAUAAUGAAACAGAGUCUAUAGCUUCUUCUAUCCAAGUUAGCUCUGUUUAAUGAUGAGAUAUAAAGAGAUAUAAAAUGUUACAUAUAAAUAGUAAUGGGCUGAAAACACAUUGCGGCUCCUGGAUUCUCACCGCGGUCUUAUUAGAUUGUGACGUCAGAGAAAGCACACGCUGAAAAUUCUUAGAUGCCAUUUUUAGCACACUUAAAAUACUUCUAAAAUUAUUUUUUUUCCUUGACAAUCAAUAAAUAACCGUAAAAUGAUCGUGAUAUCAGAUUUUGUCAUGCGAAAUAAACGCGCAUGUGCAAAGACCAGACGGAAUCUCAUAUUGUCAUUUUACAGCUAUUGAUUGAUUAUAAAGAAAAAAGGAGAGUUUUCGAGAUAUUUUAAGAGUGUGCUAAAAUUAUCUGAAGUGCUAUUUCAUCGAAAUAUCUUUUUAUUUCGAAAUGACAUCUAAGAACUUUUAGCGUGUGUUUUCUCAUUUCUGACAUUACAAUUCCAACGGUCGGCAAGGAGCCAGAAGCCUUAAACAAAUAAGUCGUUCUCUUCCAACUAGCAAAUCUGAUAAAAUGUAUAACGUGUACAUGUUGCCUUUUCCUAGAAUUAUUUAAGAUCACAUACUAUUUUCCCAAUAAUAAUAUUAAUAAUACGUGUACAUUACCACUGCAUUGCAAUACUUCGAAUAGGAAUCAUAUUUUUCUUGACAUGUAGUAAUCUUAGUCAGUCCAUUACUCUAAUGAUCUCCAUGAUAAAUUAAAAAAUGGGAGAGGGAACAAUAUGAACUAAAGGUAUACAUGAUUGUUUAGUGUUUUGUGUAUAUUAGUAUAUAUUGACUAAUUUUUGUAAUUAAAUCUAUAAUUUAUUCGAUAUAUUUUAUAAAUAUAUAUCAGAAUAUGUGGUAUUAUAAUCUCCAUAUCCUUGAUACAGUUGUCAAAUUUCACUUCUAGAAGUCAUAGAUCAUUAUAACCCAGGAAACGCGCGUGUGUGCGCAUAAGUAUUAUCACAAUGCAAUGUAAUAUCAAUAUAUAUUUAUAUUUAACCCAGAUGUGCCUUGAUGCACUUGUGAUGAAACUUUCUUUAUCGUCCUAGAUAUGUAGAUAAUAAAUUUGUGAUGAAGGGAAGAGAGGAAGAAUGUCUAAAUAAAAAGUCGCAAUACCGCUUUAUUAGUAAGCAGGAUGAAUAUGUAUUUAUAUAUAGAAUAUUAGGCAUGUCUGGGUUGAAUAACAUAAAUUUGUUAUUAUUUUCAUUCUAAUUGUUCCGAUAUGAUAUUAAGAAUUUGUGACGAAUCAUCUGUUUUUGCAGUUAUAAACAAUUGUAAACAUUUA